GUAUUGUCGGCGAAUAAAAAAGUAGUGCAUGAAGCAAAAUGUAAUCAGUCCAUGUACCACCCUUCAAGUGUCAAGUCGUGUUAAUUCAGAGUUCCUAAGCUCUAACUAUUUCAUACUGUUAUUUAAAGUACAAUUUCUAUAAUUCAUUACCCAUAUAUUCGUUGAAGGGUACAGUGUUGUUUCGCGAGUUCGACUAGUGUUCUUCAGUUUUAAACAUAAUCAUGUUUUCGUGUAGUGUAUGCAAAGAAGCCUUUACAAUGUACAAAAAUCUACAGAGACAUGCCAAGUCACACAAAUCACCCACUAAAAUCGUAUGCAGUAUUUGCUCAGAAAUAUUUACGCGAAGAGAUAACCUCAUCAGACAUAAUAAAAAAAAACAUCCUUCAAAUAUUAUAAUCCAACAACAACCAACCAUAACCAAGCGAGAAAUUCAAGAUUUUAUUAAACCAGCUGCACAAAUUUACGAUUAUGAUGUUCAAUCUCGCAAUGGUCAUAAGCGCUCAUAUCAUAAGGAAAAUUCAAACAAAGUGGCAAAUGCUAAAAAAGCACAUUUACUUCUUAUACAGUCUCCCGGCUUUAUCGAAAUUUUGUCUUCUGCAAAUAGAAAAGUCGUAUGGUAUUACACAAAAAAUAUCAAAAAUAUUCAAAACUAUAUUGAAUUUUUUAAUUCGAUUAAAUCAGAAUUAGUCGAGUUACUUAAAUCACAAGCGUCUAAACAUCCAAUCAAGUUUAAUUUAAAGCUGGAAGCUACAUACAAUAUUCCGAAUGUUGAUAAUUCAUCAGAGAACCGUUCAUUUAAGACCUCAGCUAGACCAAUUUUUUCCGAAACUGAUGUAUGGGAAAUUGUUGAAGAAGGUAUUAUAAAAUUAAUGUCUGAGCAAGACGAAUAUUCUAGCAAGGGAAGUGGUUAUACGCUACAGUGUAUUGACGGAUUAUUAUUAGGCGUAUAUAAAUAUACGCCUAUGAGCGCUUCAUCUUAUAUUCCGUUACCGAACUUCAUUAAAAACAAAAAAGCUGUAAUCAACCCGCAAAACUCAGACCAACAGUGUUUCAAGUGGGCUAUAUUAGCAAAACAUGUUACGGGUUCAAAUAAACAACGUAUAGAAAAUUAUACAACUCACAAAGAAAAAUAUAAUUUUUCUGGUCUCACGUUCCCAACAGAAUUACAUCAGGUUAACAUUUUUGAAAAAAAUAAUCCUAAUGUAACUGUCAAUGUUUACGGACUCGAAAAACAUUUUCAACCACCGCAAAAAUUUCCAAAAUAUGAAGUGUUUCCAUUGAAGGUGGUAGAUGAAGAAAAAACAGAUCAUUUCGACCUGUUACUAAUAACCGAUGAUGAAAAUUCUCAUUUUACCUACAUCUCUAAUUUUUCCCGACUUGUGCGAUCACAGAAAACCCGACAUAAAGCAAGUGCUGUAUUUUGUAAACGAUGCUUUACAUCGUUCGAACCUCUAAAUAUUAAUAAAUAUGAAUUAAAUGAAAGCAUACGAUUUAAAGAACACAAGUUAAUAUGCGGAACACACAAACCAAUUUUACCUCGAAUGCCUACCCCCGGAUCGAUGUUAGAAUUCGACGCAUGGAAAAAAACUCAACGACAUCCGAUAGUUAUAUAUGCUGAUUUUGAAGCACUACUAAGAAAAUCCGAUGAAAAAUGUGGGAACAAUACAAAAGCUAUUCAAAAACACGAGGCCAUGAGUUAUGGUUUUAUGGUUAAAGCAAAUAUCGACGUUCCCGCAGAACUGCUUGAACAAUUUAAUAUUCCAACUUCACCUAUAAUUUUUCGUGGCGAUGAAGAUAAUCAGAAUGUAGGUGAACAUUUUGUGAAGAGUAUCAUUAAAAUAGCUGAAAACAUUAAAAAAUUACUACAAACCAACAUACCAAUAACCUUUACUACAGAACAACAACAAGCACAUAAUUUAUGUAAGACAUGUAAUUUAUGUAAAAACGGUUUCUCUGUGGGAAACCAUAAAGUUGCUGAUCACUGUCACUUAUCGGGUAAAUUUCUACAAACAUUGUGUAAUACCUGCAACCUCAAGCUUCAAACACCAAAUUUUGUACCAUGUUUUUUUCACAAUUUAUCGAAUUAUGAUGCACAUUUUAUUGUAACUGAACUCGGUCUCGAUGUAAAAAGAAUUUCUAUAAUACCAAACAGUGAAGAAAAAUUCAUCUCAUUUUCAAAACACGUUUCCAACAACUUUUCAAUACGGUUCAUCGACACAUUAAGAUUUAUGGCUUCAAGUUUAUCAACACUCUCGGAAAAUUUAUUAACACCAGGAUUCGAUAAGUUUAGAGAAACAGCUAAACAUUUUAAUGCCGCAGACUUGCCACUCGUUACUCAUAAAGGUGUUUACCCUUAUGAGUAUACGGAUGGUUGGAACAAGCUGGAGCAAACCCAUUUACCAGAGAAAGCAGAUUUCUAUAGUACACUAACAGAAUCACAUAUACAAGAAGAAGAUUAUGAACAUGCAAAAACUGUUUGGAGUCACUUUGGAUGCAAGACUUUGGGUGAAUACAGUGAUCUAUAUCUGAAAAUUGAUGUUUUAUUGUUGGCUGACGUGUUUGAGAACUUCAGAGACCUAUGUUUAACCACAUACUGUUUGGACCCAUCUUUUUACUAUACAGCACCAGGAUUCUCCUUUGAUUGUAUGUUAAAAUACACCAGAGUCAAAUUAGAGUUACUCACUGAGUAUAAUAUGCUGCUGAUGAUUGAAAAGGGAAUUCGAGGCGGUUUGACACAAGCAAGUAUGAGGUAUGCUAAAGCUAAUAAUGAGAAGACCCUAGAUUAUGAUUCAAAAAAGUCCAAAUCAUGGUUAAUUUAUCAAGAUUGUAAUAAUCUGUACGGUUGGGCAAUGUCACAGUACAUGCCCUAUGGUGGCUUUGAGUGGGUUGAACCUAAUAUAGAAGGGUUGAAUGAUUUGAACGAUACAUCACCCAUCGGACGGAUAUAUGAAGUUGACAUUACUUAUCCGAAAGAACUCCACGAUCAACACAAUGAUUUGCCUUUCCUUCCUCAAAACAAUAUCCCAGCUGGCUCAAAAGUUAAAAAACUUAUGGCAACACUUCAGUCGAAAAAAAACUAUAUUAUUCAUUACCGAAACCUUCAGCAAGCUAUAGUCAAUGGACUAAAAGUUAAAAAAGUUCAUAGAGUAGUUCAGUUUAAUCAAUCACCAUGGCUGGCUCCAUACAUAGCACUAAACACAGAGAUGCGAAAAAAAGCAGCAAAUGACUUUGAGAAAGACUUUUUCAAACUUUUAAAUAAUGCGGUUUUUGGGAAAACCAUGGAGUCUAUGCGGAAAAGAAUAAAAAUGGAACUGGUGUCUAGUGAUCGUCGUUUACAAAAACUGAUAAAUCAGUCAACAUUCAAACACUGUAUUACUUACAAUGAAACUCUAAAUGCAGUUGCAUUAGAAAACAAAAUCAUUGAUUUUUGUAAACCUAUUUAUAUAGGUUUUGCAGUGCUGGAAAUUUCCAAGUGUUUAAUGUAUGACUAUCACUAUAACGUAAUGCAGAAACAUUAUGAUGAUAAAAUUGAGCUCAUGUAUACAGAUACAGAUUCAUUGGUAUACUAUAUUCAAACUGAUGAUUUUUACAAUGAUCUGUUGAACAAUCCCAACUUGUUGAAUCGAACGGACACUGCAAAUCUACCCCGUGACCACCCGUGUUACAUUGCUGAGAGAAAGAAGAUUCCUGGGCUAUUUUCUGAUGAAACCGAUGGACGUAUUAUGAGAGAGUUUUGUGCUCUCCGUUCAAAGUCCUACGCUUACAUUUUAGAAGAUAAGGAGAAAAUCAAAGCAAAAGGAAUCCGUGGACAUGUUGUUAGAAACCACAUGACUUUUCAAGAUCAUAAACGGUGUUUGUUUGGUGAUCCCAGUUUGGAAGUAACAGCAUCAAACGUCUCUAUCCGUUCAUUCAAGCACAAAUUAAAGACCAUCAAAUCCAAUAAAUUAACUUAUAACAGUUUCGAUGAUAAAAGGGUUAUACUUGAAGACAAAGUACACACCCUAGCUCAUGGACACUAUUCUAUAGAGGAGGAACUCGAAGCAGAACUAGAUAGUUAGUUUUUUGUAAAUACUCCUGUAUAUA